UUGCUCAAUUCCCUCGUGAGGUUAGCGCCACUUCCUUGAAAGCGCCUCAUUUCUUCCCCACACAAAUCUAAAUUCUCGCCUGCUGUUUCCAGUUGGCUUAUCAGAAUGAUGAAUAGUUGUGGUCUUAUAUCUGAGGGAAAUGUGCCAGUGCCUCUGAAGAACAUUACGGUGGAUGUGCUAGUUCAGGGGCAUGUUGUCACAGUCACGUCCACUCUGCAGUAUGUGAAUGAGGAAGAGCGCCACCUGGAGGCCUUGUUCGUCUUCCCUCUGCCAGCUGAUGCUGCUGUCUGCCACUUCAGUGCCAAGAUCGGAGAGCAGGAGAUUGUGGCAGAGGUGCAAGAAAGGCAGAGUGCGAGGGAUCAGUAUGAUGAUGCUGUGAGUUCGGGUCAGCAGGCGUUUCUGUUGGAAGAGAGCGCAGAGAGUUCUGAUGUGUUCAGACUGAGUGUUGGGUGUCUGUCACCGGGUCAGAACGCUGCCAUCACCAUCAUCUACGUCACCGAGCUCGCUGUUCAGGCCGAUCACGCCCUGCGCUUCUGUCUGCCUGCUGUACUCAACCCCCGAUACACACCAGCAGGUUCAGGUGGAGGAAUAGUUUCAGAGAUUUCAUCAGUAUGUGGAUCUGUUCCCUACACUCUGACUCUCAGUGUUCAUGUGAGCUCUCCAAACCCCAUCUCCAAACUCGAGUCCAACUGCACUCUGGAUCCUCUAGUGUUCCUCAACUCUGAUCACACUUACGCAAUGGUGAAUCUGAGUCCUGGUCACAUGUUUGAUAAGGACGUUGAGCUGUUUCUGUACUAUCAGAAUACCCAUCAGCCCACUGCUAUAGUGGAGGCAGGAGUGGCCACUGACCAGCCAGGUUCUUUGAUGGGGGAUCCUGUAGUCAUGAUCAGUUUGUACCCAGAGUUCCCUGAGGAAGUGAUGUCAUCAUUGGGAUCACAAGGCGAGUUUGUUUUCGUGGUUGACAGAUCAGGUAGUAUGAACGACAUGAUGCAUCAUGGGAAAGGAGCACAGAGUCGCAUAGAAGGUGCAAAGGACACGCUACUCUUAUUGUUGAAGAGUCUGCCAAUGGGAUGCUACUUCAAUAUCUAUGGAUUUGGCUCUCAUUUUGAGUCGUUAUUCCCUAAGAGUGUUGUGUACAAUCAGGACACAAUGGAUGAUGCUUUGAAGAGAAUGAACAAAAUGCAAGCAGACAUGGGCGGCACUGAAAUUUUACAGCCGCUAAAACACAUCUACAGUCAGCCCUGUUACCCUGAUCACCCCAGACAGCUGUUUAUCUUCACUGACGGAGAGGUUUUUAACACUAAAGAGGUGCUGGACCUGGUGAAAAGUCAUACUCACUCUCACAGGUGUUUCUCAUUCGGGAUUGGUGAGGGUGCAAGUACCACCCUCAUUACAGGAAUGGCCAGAGAGGGAUCUGGUCAUGCCCAGUUCAUCACAGGCUCUGACCGCAUGCAGCCCAAAGUGAUGCAGUCCCUCAAGCUUGCAUUGCAGCCCGCAGUAGUUAAUAUCUCUGUGAAGUGGACUGUGCAAGACGGCAUUACUGUUGACACACUGUCCCCACCCAUCAAUGUGCUCUUCCAUGGUCAAAGGACACUAAUUUAUGCCCAUCUUAAAGGAGAGAGUUCAGGAAGCUCUGAAGGAACAGUGACAGUGACAUACAGCCUGAAAGAUCAACCAGUGACAAACAAGCUCCACGUCUGCCAAAAACCAACCGAAGACACUGGGUUGGCAAUCCACCGUCUGGCGGCUCGGUCCCUCAUUCACUCGCUGGAGCAGCAGGAGAGGGCAGGUGGUGCAGGAAUGGAGGAUAUCAAGAGCAGGAUGGUGGAGCUCAGUGUUCAGGCAGGAGUGAGCUGUGUUCAUACAGCCUUCAUUGCCAUUAACAAAGAAAGCAGACAGACUGUGAAAGGACCCCUGCUGCAGAGGAGCGUGCCAACAGGAGGUGUUUAUUGCAACCUGGGAUCAUAUCAAGCCGAUUUGGAGAAUGACCUGCUUCUAAAAUCAUCAUUAAGCGGGAUGUUUUCUUCCCAACGCAGUGGAAGUCUUGCCAGGUGUAAAUCCUAUGUAAAUGCAAAGUUUGUAGGAGACUGCGCAGGAAUCGAUGGUUUUAAGAAGUCAUUGAAGUCCAACAGGAGUUUUCCUGUACAAGAACAGAAGAGUGGAAUUCAGAAAAAGUUCAUGAAUUUAUUUCGCCGUCAGUCUGAAACUUCAGCUGUGCCGUCUGGUCAGGCAAACUCUCAAGGCAAACAAGAGGUCGAUGUUGAGCUCCAGAAGGACUCUUUGCUCCAGCUGGUUUCUCUCCAGAAGGCGUCAGGCUGCUGGGAUCUGAACUCCACACUGGCUCAUGUGUUUGGAAAGACAGAGGAUGAGCUGACCAAUCAGAAACCAGAACAAGUGAAUCAGUCAGUUUGGGCCACUCUUCUGGCUCUCAUCUGGUUAUACGGCUAUAAAAUAAAUGAUCAGGUUGAGUGGCAGUUUGUGGCCAUGAAGGCGGCAUCAUGGAUCCGCUCUCAGAAAGUGGGCAGUGUGUCCCAGUGUGUGUGUGUUGGUAAUGUGCUGCUGGGAUGUCAGGUGACAGAAGAGACUCUUGGAAUCUGAAGACUUCAGUGCGACUCCACAUCAUGUUCUUUCGUUUGAAGAUCAAUGAAAUGUUAUUUUUAGGGGCCAAGCACUGAAAGUGCAUAGACAUCUAUUGUAUUCGUUAGUGUUCUUCUUCUUCUUCCGCCAUUGAAGUCUAUGGCAGCCUAUAUAACCGUACAUAAAAAAGUUAUGAAAUGUAUUUAUGCCCACACCUCUUACGUAUUCCUCAAUAUAUCUCUUAUAAAUAGUAUUGCACAAAAACGAUAAUAUAUAUAUAUUGUUUUUUAUUUCUUAUGUACCAAAAGUGUAUAGGGUCAUUAUUGACCUGAGAUAUGUCCUAGUGUCACUUUUGUGCGUUCAUAAAUCACAUUUUUAUAAUUAUUUCAAAUCUAUAAAAGUUUACUAUCACAGUAUAUAUACAGUAUAUAUUUAUUUGCUUAUUACAAGACAAGUGAGUAUUAUAUUCAUACAAAUGACUACUAUAUUACGUUGAUCAUCUGUGCAACAAUGGUGAAUUAUCUGAAUGAUCAGUAUCUCAUAUGCGUGUACGUACACAUACACUGGCGGCCAAAAGUUUGGAAUAAGUGACAUUCAACUGAUCACAAAGUAUAGUCAGGACAUUACUGAUGUAAAAAACAGCACCAUCACUAUUUGAAAAAAGUCAUUUUUGAUCAAAUCUAGACAGCAGCCAUCACUCCAACACCUUAUCCUUGAGUAAUCAUGAUAAAUUGCUAAUUUGGUACUAGAAAAUCACUUGCCAUUAUAUCAAACACAGUUGAAAGCUGUUUGGUUCAUUAAAUGAAGUUUAACAUUG